AUGUCUCUCUUCGGUACCUCGCCCACCGACGAGUCUCCAUCCCUGGAUCAUGCCGCCGCCCUGAAUACCAAGUCUCGAGCCUCACUCUUCGAUGACGACGAUAAUGGUUCACUCAACCGCUCAACUUCGGAUACCCUCUUCAACGAUGACGAUGAUGACAGAUCACCCUGGGAUAUGCCCACUCCCCGGAAACAGCAGUCUCGUGCUGAGCUCCUCCGCCGUCUGCUAGCUGGUGUCCAAGUCCCCAAUAGCUAUGUCGAUGCUUACGAUAGCGCUCUCGCCCAGGAUGGGAACGGUCGUACAAUUACGCCCGCCGGCGUCGCUAAGACUCUCGCUGCUGCCAAAUUAGGCGCUGACCAUCAGAUUCGCAUCAUGAACAUCCUGGCUCCAUCGGGUGGCGAGGUCUCACUGGGUCGCGAGGAGUUCAACGUUCUGCUGGCUUUGAUCGCGCUGGCCCAGGAGGGCGAACCCGUUAGCCUUGAUAGCGUCGAUGAGCGAAGGCGGAAUCUGCCUGAGCCCCAGUUAGCGUCCUCCGUCGAUAAUAACAACAAUAACAACAAAACCAACCACAACCGAACGCCUGACUUUCCCAACGCCACUGCCGAACUCGCUGCAAAGCCACCUCAGCGUCCUGAUACAACACCGACAUCAACUACGCGAGCUCGGAAACCGUCGAUGGACAAUCCCGAACAUGACCCCUGGAACACUCCCGACGUUCACAAGCACCACAACCAUGUAACGACGCCCAGGACAAAUGGCUACGGCCCUGACGACGUCCGGAAUCACGGGACUACCUAUAACAACUUUGACGAUCCUGACGCACACUCUCGCACUACCUCUAACUUUACUACGGCGUCGGCGCCCAGCGCAUCGGGCUCUCAGUCAGGUGGGUCUGCGCCAUCUAGUAGCGGAGGCUGGGACUAUUUCGGAAGCAAUACGAACAAUACGGGAGGUUUUGGUGACGCGUCCCAGAACCAAAUCACCAGCCCUUUCGGUGGUGGCAAUGGCGGAAGUGGUGCCCAAGGUGGCCGUGACCCCGGAGCUAACCCUCCAUCCGGCCAUAGUCGUACCGUGAGCGGCGCUCGUAUGGGCAACGGCGUAGGAGAGAACAUUACUGUCGCACUAAUGCCGGAAAAAGAGGGCAUGUUUAUGUUCCAACACCACAACUACGAGGUUACAAGCGUGAGACGAGGCAGCAAGGUUAUCCGUAGAUACAGCGACUUUGUCUGGCUGCUCGACUGCCUGCACAAGCGAUACCCUUUUCGCGCACUGCCGCUCCUCCCCCCAAAGCGAGUUGCCGUUAAUGGGAACCAUUUGUCCAACGAUGGAGCUUUCAUAGAAAAACGGAGGCGCGGUUUGGCGCGCUUUCUUAAUGCUACCAUCCGUCAUCCUAUCCUAGGUCAAGAGCAACUGGUCGUCAUGUUCCUCACUGUGCCCACGGAGCUCGCUGUAUGGCGCAAACAGGCCGCCAUAUCCGUAGUAGAUGAGUUCGCAGGACGACCGCUCCCACCCGGUCUAGAGGAUUCUCUUGCUUCAACGCUCCAAGAACUCUUUGAUCGGACACGACAAGGCGUCAAGCGGUCGGCCGACUUGUACAUAACCACUUGCAACCUCAUGGAUCGGCUUGUGAAGCGGAGUGAAGGCGUAGCGGCGGAUCAUGCACGCUUAGCCGUCUCACUGGCGUCACUUACGGAGACAAGCUCCGAUACGUAUGCGACCGAUACGAACGAUGUACCCCUAUUAAAUGACGGGCUGGUAGCUAUGAGCAAGCACUUGAGAACUACGCAAGCAUUGAUGGAGGAUGAGAGCAAAGCAUGGGAUAGUGGUGUGCUCGAGGACCUCAAAAGGCAGCGCGAUGCGCUCGUCAGCAUCCGUGAUAUGUUUGAUCGACGGGAAAGGCUGGACAAGGAUAAUAUUCCCUCUCUCGAGCGGCGGAUUCAGAACAACGAGACCAAACUAGCGGGCCUACGAGCGAAACCGGAGGGGAUGCUUAAGCCUGGCGAGAUCGAGAAGGUAGUCGAGGCCAUCAUCAAAGUUCGUAUAAUCCCUAACGACACGGACAAGGAGUCGAUCGUCAACCAACAUAACCGGUCCAUCUUUGUCAAGGAGUGCAUACGGGACGAGCUGAUCUACUUUCAACAGACGCAGUAUCAGGUCAGCCGGUGGAACCAAGACUGGGCGCAAGAGCGGGUCAAGUACUCGGAGAUGCUCGCGGACAAUUGGAGGCGGCUCCUGGACGAGCUCGAGGGCAUGCCUCUCGGAGAUUAG